AUGGAUUUUACUAUGGCUGAUGACACAGUAGGCGAUGUGGAAUAUCAAUUACCAUCCGCAACUGCACGGCUGGUUAUGAGAAGCUCGGCCGAACUUGGAAUCAGUACGUUUGCAUUUCUCUCUCGGCGCCUUUAUUUUCACACUGUGGUUGGUGGGGUUUUCACAGUAUAUUAGAGAGGCUCAUUUCCAGUGUGUGGAGGUCUUGCAUUUGAGUGAUAGUAAAACAGCAUUUAUAACUCAUCGGUCGGUAAAUAAGAUGACUUCUUAAAGACACAGAUCGCCCCCCGAAGCCUUAAGUCAGAGAAAGUAGAACUUCCCUCCUGUCAUUAAAAGUAAGUUUUAAUUCUUACUACGCGCCAAAUGCCCCAAACACUCCACUCAACAGCGGCGUCUUCGCCGGUGUCAAUCACAAUGUGGUAUCGUUUUUUGCUCUCCUCUGCAGUUGAUUGUAACAAAUGGGGAGUCGAGAUUUGCAUACCUGAAUUUCCCUCGAAUAAACUGAGCUGUACGGUUAUUACAGGAUUGAGAUCUUUAAAUCUCUUUAGUCAAAUUAUCACUUCGCGUGUUGCCGGUAAUGAACCUUGCUGUUCCGGUGUAUUUUAAAUAACGGAAUGCUUUCCCGGACAGUGAUAUAUCCUCGGGCCCUCCUCUGGUGUCCAGCUUGGUUUCUUUGUAGUACUAACAAGAAAUGCAAACAUGUAUGACCGCACGUGUUGGCCGCAGUAUCUGCCCGCUUUAAGUACUUUCUGGGCUGAAGGUUCUCAUACCGAUACAACAAAAGAUUAAAUCGGUAUGCCAUUCAAAGUAAAUUAAUCUAUUGAAUCACUUCAAAAACUAACUAAAUGCCAAUUUAGAUUUUGAUAGUUGUGCUUGAGCACCACAGAGACCAAUGAACUUCGCAUUUUGUCGUUUUGUAUCUAUCAAUUCAACCCUCAUCCCCUACAUUUAAGCAUCUGUUUCGUUCCAGACCUCACAAUAUACCAGGGCCGCGAGGAGUUCGUUGGUCGUUACAGUCGGGGCGAUAAGCUUGGCGGAGGCGGCUUUGGGAGCGUCUUUCGCGGUACCCGACUAGAAGAUGCCUGUGAUGUAGUUAUCAAAGAAGUUAACACGAACAAGGUCCCCUGCUGGUGUGCUGUAAGUCGCCCUGGUCCCUGGCAAUUUUCAAAGCCUGUUAGCCGUGUUCCAGUCCGACUCACCUCAUUCUCAUUCCUCUUUUAGCUCGACGGGGUCCUUGUUCCCAUCGAGGUGGUCCUCCUCCAGAUGUGCCAGCACCUCCAUGGUGUUGUGCGGAUGGUGGAUGUUUUUAAUUUGGGCGACACCUGGGUCAUCGUGAUGAACGGUAUAAAUGAUUCUGUCUGCGAUAUGUUUGACUACAUCUGUGAGCGUGGCACCCUCGCAGAACCCGAGGCGGCGUUUUUCCUGUAUCAACUCAUUGGGAUCCUCUUCCAGUGUCACAAAUCUGGCGUUCUGCAUCGCGAUAUCAAGGACGAGAAUCUCCUAAUUGACCGCAGCACAAAUGAGCUGACACUCAUUGACUUCGGUUCGGGAGCCUUCCUGCAUAACGAACUCUAUACAGACUUUGAUGGUAAGUCGACCAUUGACAUUUGUCCUAAAUGCGGUUUUCAGCAAGCCUAGCCUGAAUGACUGUUUCACUUUGGAACACACCAAAUUUCCUUUCCAUAGACUAUCUGCUUUUCGAAUAAGACUAAUAGCGCUUGUGUGAAUUUCUUAGCUCCAGAGAAUAUUGCCUCUCCCGUUCUAUCGGAUCUCUGGUUUCAAAUUCAACUAGAGUACAGAUUCCGUUAACAGGGCUCAAUCUGUUUAUGUAUAUGGUUUCGCAUGAAAGAGCCAUAAAACCAAAGUCUACGCACACUGCCCAAGUUUAAAAGUGUAUGGGAACAAUUGUUUGUCGGCUUGAACUUUUGGACGGCAAGGGGGUUUGAAUUGCGAACUUGGCAACCAGUCCGGUCUUAUGCUAUUGUGGGCAUUUGUACUGAUCGUUGUGGCAGCCACGAAUUCGGUGGCUGAGCUGCGGCACGCCUUUGACGGGCCAAUUUUCGUUGUUUUUGAGCUCUCGUUUAAUUUGUGAAUAACCUCCAGAAUUGCACUUCCUAGACUCCUUUUCAUUGUAGCGAUUUUUCUCCCUUGCAGGAACACGCGUCUACUGUCCGCCCGAGUGGAUUAUUCACAGCCAGUACUACGGCAAACCCGCUGAGGUCUGGUCGAUCGGCGUCCUCCUCUAUGACAUGCUUUGUGGCGAUGUACCAUUUGUCAACGACAAGGGUAUUAUUAGUGGACGUCUUAAAUAUCGCCGGGAGGGACUUUCCGAGGAAGCUAAACACUUAAUAGGGUGAGUUCACUCGUACGCACUUUAUACGGACACUCAUUUGAAUUUAAACAACUCGAGCCUGACAUGUUCGCUUUCGUGAUUUCUUUCAAAGUUUUUCGAGAAGUUGUAACGUUCAUUUCGGGAACUACACUUACGUCAAAAACCACAUCGGAAACGACGGAGAACCAACGCAUGAGCCGGACCCCCUAGUUGUGUCACAUAGCUUUAGCUAGUAUGGAAAAUCUAGUUGUAUGUUAAACUGUUAGGCGAAAACUGAGCCUGGUUCAACAUUUCCAGUUCGUCGCAGGUGUUGCACGAACCUUGGAUAACAAUUCAGUCGUGCUAAGAGCAUUCAAUUUAUCUAGUUUUAUAUGUGAUCCGUGCAUACCCUUCGGAAGGCUAACCCGCGCGAUUGUUUUUUCCAGUGCCUGCAUGAAUCGCGAUGCCCACCAGCGUCCUACUCUCGUGGAAAUUCUACGACACCCGUGGAUGCAGAUGCAUCGACCUAAGCCAGGCGCAACUCUUCCUUUGUCGGCUCGCGUGGCUCUCGAUGCGCUUGUUUACUCCGACACCCCAUUGGUUGCCUCCGUCACUACACCAGUCCUCGCUGCUGCUGCGCUGUCAACCAUGCCCUGUCCCCGAUCCAUCAGGUCCGGUCUCUGCAACCUCGCUUCUGUGCCCAUUGACGUACCUUCAUCUCGCACCGGUUCAGUGCGGCCGGAAUGUGCAGUCCUCGUCUCAUCCUCUUCCUCGUCCUCCUCACCCUCACCACCCUCCUUGCCGGAACCCCCGACACCGCCAAGUAAUUCUUCCUUUCUUGCGUCCAAGCGCCCAAGUUCGGAGCAGCGAUUAUCCUGCUGCUCGGGCCCUGCCCUCGACCUGUCGGUCGGCCAUCGGGUCUCUCCCGCCACAACCGACCCCAGCAAUUACCGUGCCUUCCAUGAACCACAGGAGAACGUCCAGUUGCAACAUGUAGCCACCAGCUGUUGCGGCCAGUCUGACCCAUUAUGCCGUGUCCCCUCCAACCGGUCCUACGCCAGCUCUGGCUACUAUUCACGCUCAAACUCACUCUCCUCGGACGAGGGAAAGAGACGUUUUGGGGGUGCCGUUUCAGUGGCCAAUUCCGCGAGCAAGCCCACCACUCAGCCCGUUUGGGCUGCCUGCACUAUUGUUGAUGGGAAUCAGGAGUGGCGAAGCAAGUCAGCUGCAAAGAAUUCAAGUUCCACAAACUCUUCGUCCUCUUUAUCCACCUCCGCGAACAGUGAAUUUCACUACCAGAGCUGCUCGCAGACCUCGGAAGCACCACCUUGCGCCCAGCCUAUGGCCUUCCCUGCGUUUCGACCGCCGGGAGGUACUAGCCGUCCUUUGGUGUCAUACGCCCCCUUCUCCUCGGUGUCCUGCAACAACCUCCUAGCUCUCCGCUACUCCACGUCUAACGACAAUAGACAGUUUCUAUCCGCGGAUGUGGAUCAUCGGGCCCUUAGUGCUGCGCCCCUUGAACUAUCCGACACGUCUCUAUGGUUGCGCUGCUUGGAUGUGCUCAGCACUCGUGACUCUUCACCCACUCAGCGGGCUGCCUGUGACCGGACCGACUUUACCAUCGGCAAAAACCGAAUAGGUGCGGCCACCUCCAAGGCGGUUUGUUCCGUGGAAACAGGCAUAACACCGGAGAUGAGUAUAUUCUAUCCACGUCCUGUUCUUACUGGGUUUUAUCAGUCGGAAGACCCUAGCUGA